AUGGCCGAGCAGGACGACGACUACUUUAACGACCUUUCCCGACAAUCUGUGUCUCAAGAUGCGAAUCAGUCACAAUCUGGAAAUACGGGUGGCAAUACUUCACCCGCCGAAGAUGACGGUAACCCAAUCCCUCGCCCAAAAAGAAUGGCAUGCAUUGUGUGUAGGAAGAGGAAAUUGAGAUGCGACGGACAGAAGCCGAGUUGCGGAACAUGCGCUCGUGUGGGUCACAACUGUACAUAUGAUGAAGUGCGCAAGAAGAGCGGACCGAAGAGAGGAUACGUCAAGCAGUUGGAGGCACGGUUAGCACAAGUUGAAAUUCUCCUGAAAAACCAAGAACCAGAGAACUCUUGGAACGAGCCAAGUCAUAAUACUCUUCCCAGUACAUCUAUGCCGCCAACAACGUCGAAUCCCAUGUCAGGAGUAGGAGACAUCUUGAAUUUCGUAAACGGCUCGACUUCACAGAUUCCAGACACCAUGAGACAAGCUCAAGGCUCCCAAAAUGGAGCUCCUACCGCAAACUCGAGUUUUGAUCCCGAAUCAUCAUGGGAGGUCAUCAGUCUAGGCUUAGAAGAGCCAUUACCGACUCAGGAUGUCAUAGAUGAGUUAUUUGAUAUCUUCUUCGCAAAGAUUCAUCCGUCCCAUCCUAUGAUCCACCGCCCUCGAUUCUUUGCUUCUAUGAAUCUAGCUCCCCACAUGCGCCCGCCUGUCUGUCUACGUUAUAUCAUGUGGGCAUUGGCUGCAUCCAUUACGCCGAAGUACAGUUUCUUAGAAGAGCAUCUGUACGCUCGGGCUCGGAAGUAUAUUCAUUUGGACGAAAUGAAAGGCCACGGCGAGCAUAUGGUCAGUGUUAGCCACUGUCAAGCUUGGGUGUUGAUUAGUUUGUACGAGUUCAAGCAAAUGUUCUUCCCAAGAGCGUGGGUUAGCGUGGGACGGGGCGCAAGAAUGGCAGCUAUGAUGUGUUUCAACCGCUUAGAUGGAGUCGGAUUGGAUGUCAAGCACUGCGUCCCUCCACCAGUUGACUGGGUCGAGAGAGAAGAACGACGACGGACGUUUUGGAUGUGCUUUUCUCAAGAUCGAUACGCGAGUAUUGGGACUGGAUGGCCGAUGGUGUUCGAUGAGAGAGAUAUUAUGACAAACCUACCGUCAAGCGAAGAGGCUUAUUUGACAGGUACCCCCGAAACGGCACCAUCAUUGAAAGAUGUACUGGCUGGUGACAUUGCGAAUUUGUCUCCCUUGGGCAGCGUAGCUGUCAUGGCUUGCAUUUUUGGUCUCAAUCUGACACAUCUCCACCGACCUGAUCCUCAUGAUCGAGAAGAUGAUGUAAACGGCGAAUUCUGGAAACGUCAUCGCGCCUACGACAAUAUACUCCUGAACAUCUCCCUAUCACUCCCUCACACGCUUCGUUUGCCUCAAGGAAUAUCAGAUCCAAACAUCAUCUUCUCCAACAUGGCUAUACAUACCUCGACAAUUUGUUUGCACCAGGCGGCUAUUUUCAAAGCGGAAAAGCACAAGAUGAAUCAGAUUGCUGCUGAAAGUAAACGAAGGUGCAUCAUCGCGGCAGAUCAGAUCUCUAGUAUCAUGAAGAUGGUCAGCCAUACUGAUCUUUCUCUAUUGAAUCCAUUCAGCGCAUUCUGUCUUUAUGUCGCUGCUCGAGUUUUCGUACAGUACCUCAAAUCCCGACCCGAAGGCCAGGCAGUCAAGUCUUCGUUACAGUUCUUGCUCACGGCGUUAGGCGCGCUGAAGCAGUUCAGUGCAUUAACCGAAUCUUUCCUCAUUCAACUAGAUGUGGAUUUGAGUGGAACAACUUUUGGUUCAUCCAUGCAGAGUAUGCGCAGUAAACAAGCAGCCGAGUCCCUUUCCAGUAUCAAUCAAUAUUGCACUCCUAUUAUCAAUAUCCGCUCUUCGGAAGCAGAUGCCAUUACAGAAGCGAACUUGAACAGAGAUGUCACUGCGAACCAGCCAUCGCCAGGGACCUCGGCGUCACAAAGUUUCGGAUCUCUCCCGAACCGUCAAAGAUCGAACAACACACCUAGAAACGACCAACAACCGUUAGGUGUGCGGCGUAACACUGCAUUGGACUUGACCGAUGCGACCAACAACCAUAGUCCUCAGCAAGACGAUAUUGCUAUGUUAACAAACUUUGAUAUGGAUGUCUCACCUGUAGUGAGCGGCGGUAGCGAGCAUAUGCACUCCGAAAAUGCGUCACCGCAGACGAUGAACUCGUCUUCAAAUCAUUCUAAUACUGCAUUUACUCCUCCUGGCAUGGAGCAAACUUCAAUGGGCGGCCAAUUCAAUAAUUUACCAGCUAAAAGUUCCAUGGACCCAAGCCACAUUGAUUUUAGCACCGGCAUUGACGGUUUCUCUAACAACAGCAAUGUGUCAUUCUCGCCGCUCUUUGAUUCAAACGCAAUGAAUACCGGCAUGGAUUCAUUAGGCUUGGAGAAACCCUUACCUCUCCAUGAGAACUGGCGAGGACGAGCACAAAACUCUGGCGCUACGAAUAAUGGGCUCGGUGAUAUGAUGGGCAACACGAACAACUUUUCAGAGCAACAAUUCGAGUUGUUGCUUCAAGGUAUGGGGUGGAAUGGUUGGAACGACGCGAGUUAA